UGCACACAGGAGCGAAAUAGAGAGAGAGAGAGAGCGCGCGAGAGAUAGAAAACUUGAAGAUAAAAUUUUAAGAAAUGGGCGAACACACCAAACGGAUCGCUGCAUCUAGUGCUGGUAAGAAAGCCGCGGUAGCAGAAACUGCAAGCACUAGUGGGAGUACAGCUCUGAAUCAUAUUGCGCCCUCGCCCUCUUUGGUCACAACAGCCAAGGAUGCGCGCGAAUUGCAGGAAAUACGUAGUUUACUAUGGGGACCCACAAUCCGACUGGAUGUCUUUCGUCGUUGGUCUCAAGGUUUCGAAUUUAGUGAUGUUGAACCGUCUGCUUUAGUGCAAAAACAAGGUGGUCCCUGUGCCGUUAUCGCCCCAGUGCAGGCCUAUAUACUCAAGAUUUUAAUUAUGGAUACUCCUGGUCAUUUACUCAAAGAUUUAACUCCGGACAAAUGUAGAAGCCUUCUUAUUCAAGCAUUAUGUACUAUUUUAAGUAAAUGUAAAGCAACGCGUCUACGUUUAGUAACACUUCCAGUUGAACAAUGCUUAGAGGCCAAAGAGGCAAGCAAUGCUGCGGCGAUGGCUAAUAACUUCCGAGAUGAUGAGGCAAAUCUCAAUACAACAGCAGCUGCUAGUUCAGUGCCUUGUGAUAUAAAUGUAUCGGAAGAAGUCUCACCCGAGGACUAUCAUAAACGUUUACAAGUAUUGCACUUUCAUAGUAUCGACGAAGUCGAAAAGUAUUAUACCCGUAAUUUCGAAGUGCUUUCUGCCAAAUAUGGAGUUUUAUUAUUCAUGUAUACUGUGUUAUUGACAAAAGGUAUUGAUAACGUCAAUUCGGAACUAUCGGAUACUUCGGAGCCGCUCAUACAUAAUACAUAUGGUUAUGGGUCACAGGCGCUUAUUAAUCUUAUGCUAACUGGACGUGCCGUAGCUCAUGUCUGGGAUAACGACCAAGAUGUAGGCGGUCUUAAGUUGAGAGGUAUUAGCGAGCAAAGUGAUAUAGGUUUCAUAACGUUAAUGGAACAAAUGCGUUACUGUACAGUUGGAUCUUUCUAUAAAAAUCCACGCAAUCCGGUAUGGGUUAUGGGCUCUGAAACGCAUUUAACUGUAUUGUUUAGCAAUGAAAAGAGACUAGUUUCACCGGAAACGCCAUCCGAAAUAGCUAGGCGGGUUUUCAAAUCUUACGACCCGGACGGUAAUAAUUUUAUACCCACAGCUGUGUUGCAAGAUGUAUUGGCCACCUUAGAUUUAGUUAGUGAAGCAGAGUAUGUGGAAAUUAUGCAAAGACGUUUAGAUCCCGAAGGCUUAGGAAUUAUAUUAAUGAAUGCAUUUAUGGAUGAAUUUUUUCCUUUGGAGAAACGGUCCACACCCGAUACAUUUGACUUAAUGCAUUACAAUGGUAUACCCGGAUCAAAUGAGGGCAAUAAGGUGCGAUAUUCUAAAGGUUCUGCUAUAUUGUUGGAAAGCGAUUUGAAAUCGAUAUGUGCAUCGAAUCCCAUGAUGACCUGCUUACAAACCAAAUGGCCCAAUAUAGAAAUUAAUUGGCAUAAUAUGCGAAUACCUUCUUUAAAUUGACUACUUGACUAGGAUUUUCUUGAAUAUUCUUAAAAAGCUGAAGGGACAAAGUUAAAGUAGGAAACAAAGAAAUCCUGUACUAAAAUGUCAGCAAAAGCAAAAAUUAACUUCUAGUUUUUUUAGGUUUUUUACAGCUCUCGUUAUUUUAUGACAACGAUGUAAUCCGAGUUUUUUUUUUUUUUUUCUUUUUUUUUUAUAUAUAUAUAUAUACAUUUAAUAUAUAUAAUAACUCUUGUAUGCCAUUUUUACGUAAAACACAAAGCAAAAGUAUAAAACACUAUCCCCAACUAUUUCUAAUAUGACGAAGAAAAAAAUCAUUUCCUUAACACCAUACAGCGCUGAAAAUGUGUGUAAAGAUUUCAUUUAGCUUUACUUAGUCGUUACUUCCUUUUGAAAAAAAAAAAAAAUAAAAAAAUACAAAAAAAAUUACUCGAA